CUGAGCUCACCUCCUCCUUCAGUCAUGAUUGCCAGACAGCAGAGUGUCCGGAGUGGGCCCCGGGGCUUCAGCUGUGGCUCAGCCAUCGUUGGUGGGAGCAAGAGGGUUGCCUUCAGCUCAGCCUCCAUGUCUGGGGGUGCGGGGCGCUUCUCCUCUGGGGGCUUUGGCAGUAGGAGCCUCUACAACCUUGGAGGGAACAGGAGCAUCUCCUGCAGCGUGGCUGGGUCCCGCCAAGGUGCUGGCUUUGGGGUUGCUGGAGGCUUUGGUGCUGGGAGCUUUGGUUUUGGUGCUGGAAGCCUUGGUGGUGGAUUUGGAGGCUCCUUCAAUGGCCGGGGUGGUCCUGGUUUCCCAGUCUGCCCCGCUGGGGGGAUCCAGGAAGUCAGCAUCAACCAGAGCUUGCUGACACCCCUCCAAGUGGUGAUUGACCCUGAGAUCCAGAAAAUCCGGACUGAGGAGCGUGAGCAAAUCAAGACUCUGAACAACAAGUUUGCCUCCUUCAUCGACAAGGUGCGGUUCUUGGAGCAACAGAAUAAGGUCCUGGAGACCAAAUGGAACCUCCUCCAGAAGCAGACGACCACCACAUCCCCUAGAAACCUGGACUCCUUCUUUGAGACCUACAUCACUGCCCUAAGGAAGCAGGCAGACACAUUGGUCAAUGACAAAGGACGCCUGCAGUCUGAGCUGAAGAUCAUGCAGGAUAGCGUGGAGGACUUCAAGACCAAAUAUGAAGAUGAGAUCAACAAGCGCACAUCUGCGGAGAAUGACUUUGUGGUUCUCAAGAAGGAUGUGGAUGCCGCCUACACAAACAAGGUUGAGUUGGAGACCAAGGUGGAUAGCCUUAAUGAUGAGAUCAACUUCCUGAGGCUCUUUUAUGAAGCGGAGCUGUCCCAGCUACAGACACAUGUCUCCGACACAUCCGUGGUCCUGUCCAUGGACAACAACCGGAACCUGGAUCUAGACAGCAUCAUCGCUGAGGUCCGCACCCAAUAUGAGGACAUUGCCCAGAGGAGUAAGGCUGAGGUCGAGACCUGGUACCAGACCAAGGUCCAGCAGCUCCAGAUCUCAGUUGACCAACAUGGCGACAACCUGAAGAGCACCAAGAAUGAGAUUUCAGAGCUCAACAGGAUGAUCCAGAGGCUCCGGGCUGAGAUUGAGAAUGUCAAGAAGCAGUGCGAGACUGUGCAGGCAUCUGUGGUUGAUGCAGAACAGCGUGGGGAGCUGGCCCUCAAGGAUGCCUACAGUAAGCGUACAGAGUUGGAGGGAGCUCUGCAGAAGGCCAAAGAGGAGCUGGCCCGGAUGCUGCACGAGUACCAGACACUCAUGAGUGUCAAGCUGGCCUUGGACGUGGAGAUAGCAACCUACCGAAAGCUGCUGGAGGGCGAGGAGUGCAGGAUGUCUGGGGAAUGCCAGAGUGCUGUGAGCAUCUCGGUAGUCAGUGGUGGUGCCAGUGCUGGAGGAGGCAUCAGCGGAGGAUUUGGAGGCAGCUCUGGAUUUGGCCUGGGUGGUGGUUUUGGUUCUGGCUCUGGAAUUGGCUUUGGGUUUGGCGGUGGCUCUAGCAGUAAGAUCAUCUCUUCCACCACCCUGACCAAGAGGUCCCAGCGAUAG